GGGCUGAACAACAUUAUUUUACGAAAAAUCAUCUCUGUGUCUCUCAUAUAUUCACACAUUUACCUGAUCACUCAUCGAAGUUUAUUUUCGUUCACAUUAUUGUGUUAUGAAUUUUCACCGAGAAUAUUUUCCCAUGUUCAUCGGUUUCAGUUGUAGUUGUUUCGAUUUAAGAAGUGCCAUGUCAGAAAAUGUCUCCCGUUUUAUAUCAUCACGCUUUGUCACCGUCCAGUCGAACAGCCCUUUUAACACUUAGAAAUGUCGAUCUGGAUGAGUUUGAGGUGAAGAAUAUCGACAUUAAUGCUGACGAAAAGUAUACGGUCGACUAUUUGAAAAUCAAUCCAUCGAAUCAAGUGCCUGUUUACGUUGAUGAUGACUUCAUUCUGACCGAGUCCAGAGCUAUCGCAUGUUAUUUGGCUAGCUCAGUGGACCGAUUUUAUCCGACCGAUUUAAGGAAGCGAGCACUCAUCGAUUCGCGACUGUUUUUCGAUGCUACCAAUUCGUCGGUUAGAGAUUUUGUGUUUCCAGUACUCCGCGGUGAAGUGAAAAAAAUUGAAAGCGAUCGUCGGGAGGCAGUAAAAGAUUUUCUCAAAAUUUUGGAAUCUUUUCUGUUGAAAUCGGAAUGGUUUGCUGGUGAUGAGGUUACGAUCGCAGAUUUCUCGUAUCUGGCAAAUGUGGCGACAAUUAAGGCAUGGGGAGUAAGCUUUGACGAAUAUCCAAAACUCAACAGUUGGUACAAUCGUUGCAAGGAUCUUCCAGGCUUCAGUGAAAACAAAAAAGGAGCACAGCUUCUGUCGAAAAAGAUGUCUAUUCUUCUCGACGAACCUUUGUGGAAAAAGAAAAAAUCUUCCGUCUAGAGUUUGUAUUAUGGUUCCUAACAGCAACUGUUAGCAACCGUUUGAAAUUCAAUUUUUAUUUCAUAAAUAUGUGCAAAGUGUUUACGGUUUAUCUCUCGUUUUAACUGAACGAGCAUUUAUUGUUUUGUAAUGUGUAAAGUGUGAAAAGAGUGAAAAUUGAAAAUUUUGUGUUUGUGCAAAGCAAACUAUCGAAUUCUGUGUUGUGUAUGCAAUGUGUAUGUAUGCCUAAUCUUAAAUUUAUAAAAAAAAAUUGCAGUAAACAAUUCAUGGAAAGGAUAAUAAAACUUUCAAAAUGUUUCAUUGGUAAAACCUUGACAGCAAAAAACGAUGAAUAAAAAAUUUAUUUAUUUAAUGAAAAA